UGAACUUGAGUGUCAUGGCGGCGUGUAGGGCGCUUGUGAGUCGUGUUGGUGUGUUAACGCUUGGGCUGCAUUAUCAGCACGUUUGCAGAAGCGUCCUGGUUACUCAGUGCAGAGAGAAGAAGCGAUGGAUGAAGGCGUACACACUGCUCAUGGAGAGGAAGAGGAGACUCGAAGGACCUCCGCCUCCAACGCCGCGCUCCCAAAAGCCUAACUGGGACUAUCACGCUGAGGUGGAGGCGUUUAGUGCCCGACUAAAAGAGCAUUUCUCUACCGACCUCCUGAAAACGGCGUUCGUGAACCCCUGCUAUGUCCGUUAUGAGGAAGAGAGACGCCGCUCGUUGGGUCUGGAUGUCGAGAGCACGUCGCUAAACCUUAAAGACAACACAGAGAUGCAGGAACAUGGGCGUGAAUUCACACUGGGCUUCCUAACAGAAUGGUGUAGGGAGAACUUUUCCAGUUUGCCAGAAGAUGGCGUAGCGGCCAUUGUAAGUCACUUGACUGGGUCGGAGGUCAUGUGUCACGUGGCCAGAAACCUGGCGGUGGAGGACCUGGCGAUGACAGCGGAGUUUCCUGUCCCGGACGACGUUCUCUGUCGGACGUUCUUCGCUGUGAUCGGCGCGCUGGAGCAGAGCAGCAGCUCGGAGAGGGCGGGGCUUUUCAUCCGGGAUUUCAUCGGGACGCAGCUAAUAGGAAAGGACCUGUUUGACAUGUGGAACGUGGUGAACCCCAUGGGGACGUUAGUGGACGAGCUGAGCCGCAGAGGAGAGUCGCUCCCCGAGCCACGCCUCAUCCAGUCCUCUGGGGCCAGCACCGUCCUCCCACUUUACAUAGUCGGACUUUACUGUGAUAAGAAGCUGCUGGCUCACGGGCCUGGCGAGACUCUAUCAGCGGCCGAGGAGGAGGCGGCGCGCGUGGCUCUGAGGAAACUCUACGGAUACACAGAAAACCGCGAACCCUUCGACUUCUCUGCGAAACAAGAUCCUGAAACGCCAGCAGUGGCGACGCAGGCAGUCAGCAGAGGAUAAAUUUAAAAAAUAAUCACUCAGUGUCCUCUGUGUGUCUUUCACCAGGUGGCUGACAUCUGUCGCUUCAGUCUCUUCACUCAAACGUCUCAGUUUGUCUGGAGUAAAUUUGGGAAGAGACGUGAAAACGGUUGCUAAUCAAAUCAGGCUAAGUAUGAAGCAGCUGUGUUUGUUUUCUUGAUUGUUGUCCGUUUUUUAAAUAUUUGAGAGUUGAAUUAAGUUCUUUGAUGAACUCAUAAGAAAACAUUUAAUAAGGUCCAGUUUCAAUAAAAAAAAAAAGCUAAGCAUUUUAAUGCUAAACCGUUUACAUCCAAGUUUAAAUCUAUGGCUAUAGAAUAUCUCAUAACGGCCAACAUUAUUUUUCCUUCUUCUUAUUCUUUGAAUAACCACUAGUUACUUAAUAGUAAGCUCAAACCAGGUUUAAAGUUUGUGACGAUUUAUAAGUUCAGUCUGGUCUGGUCAUGUACAGUAAACAGUUUUUUUUUUUUUUUGCAUACGUUAUGUUCUUGGAUAUUACAAAUGUAAGAACAUGUAACGUAUGCCAAUAUGUUUACUGUACAUGACUGGUCACAACAGAGUCUCUCUUGCUGUUUGUCCAGUCACAUGCAGAAACAGCCUGAACCUAUGAACUGUCACAGACUUCAAUCAGAUUUUUUUUUAUGCGUUCUUACAUUUGUAAUAUGUACUUUUACUUUCUACAGACAACAGCUUUUUCAUACACACUUUGAAUUUGAAUUCUCUUCCCUAUUCUCAGUUUAUCUGAUCUGCUUCCUGUAAAGCUUGCCUCAGUUAUUUCUGCAUCCAUUUUUAGUUAGAUCUAUCAAAAAACUUUAACCAAUCAAAUGCAACAUACACAACACCCAAGCAACUUUUUACUAUACAGUGGAAAAGAAUGACGUGAUCAUGUUUUGAGACGAUGUACUGUUAAGACAGUUUAGUUAUAUUGUUUCCCAGAAUGCCUUGUUGUCAGACAAGACUAUUUGUUGCAAAAUGUUAUUUUGGAGAUAAAUUUAUGUGUGCUGGAAUUUUUUUCACGUAAACAAACCGAUUUACUUUAUUUAAUUGUUUACGGCGUUUGAAAAAAAAAAAGUGUCUUCUAAUGUAAAUUGAUGGUUAUGGAGAUGAAGAGAUUAAAGCGAUAGAUCGACUAGCUGCUUCUAACUUUCAGAUGUGUGUUCUGUAAUAAUAUACUGUAUAUUGUUUAUGUAU